CUUUUUAGUAUUGCCAGGCACUCCGCUCAACUAACAGGAUUAACAAGUCUGCACGGAAUCGAAUUAAAUCGGCCUCUGGUAUGGUACUCACGCUUCGCCUGGAUCCGCUUUCGUUCCACUUUGUCUCCAGGUCAUUUGCCAAAAAUUAGCUUCCGUCGUGCUGACAUCUGGCGCCUGGAGCUGGCAGACUACGAUACUGCCGUGAUGUUUGGAGCAGAGAAUACGGUGAGUGCCUAUGUCACUGUUAAUGCGUCAUGA